AUGGCCGAAAAGCUGCUGGUGUUUGGGCCGGCCGGCAACGUCGGCCGGCAAAUCCUCCCCCAUGUCAUUGGCAACCCCAAGUUCACUGUGUGCCUGGCCUACCACAAGAACAGACCGCAGCAAUGCGACGAACCCGGAGUGGAAUCGGUCCAGGUGUCCCUGCGCGACCUCGACAGCGUCAAGAAGGCUCUCAGCUGGCAGCCGGACCGCAUCGUCUUCAUGGUGAACACGGAGCCCAGGACGCUGCCGAUGGGCGAGAACUUUGUGGCCGCCUGCAAGGCCGUGUCGCCAAACGUGAAGCAGAUCGUCUACGUCUCUGAGUGCGACUGCGACGAGUACUACAUCACCCAAACGGCGUUCUACAAGGACCAGCUCGACACGGUGCGGCACGUGCUGGAGUCCGGGCUGCCCGUGACGAGGAUUGAGCCGACCAGCUUCAUGCAGAACAUUGGCGGCUGGUUGGGGAUGACGGCUGAGCUGGCCAAGGGCACCGGUGUUGUGUCGAUCGGGAUAGAGCCCACGACGCCCAUGUGGUGGGUGGACACUCGAGACAUAGGGGAGGCGGUGGCGAGGGUGCUCGAGAGGGAUGCAGGCGAGGAGGCUGGGAAGCACUAUCGUCUGGUGGGGGACUACCUGAGCAUGGGGGAGAUUGCGGACAUGUUGUGCGGCGUGCUCAAAGAAUGUGAGUCAGAACCGAGGGUUCCGUAUCCGCAGCGGCUGGUGUACGAGCAGGCAACGCGAGAUGAGUUGAAGAGGGUACUGGAGAACGCGGGGAUGGAGGAGGACGUUGCCAAGGAUUUGGGGCUGAUAAUAUCAACCAUGCACGAGGGUCAUUUUCCCAUUUUCGACACGAAGAGCAGCGAGGAGAUGGAGGGGCUGCUGGGGCGCCCAUCCAUCCGCCUCCAGCAGUACUUGAGGGACAACAAAUCCUUGUGGGAAAAAGCCUGGGCUAGUGGCAAGGAUGGUGCUUGA